AUGGAGUACCGGGGCUAUGGACGCUCGGAGAACGGAGGUGGCUUCUCCGAGACUGCCUUCGUGGAAGACGCUGCAGCUGCUUACGAGUGGCUGGUGACGUACGCCGCCUCGGAGAACUCUGUGGUGGAUCCCUCUCGCAUUUUCAUCUUCGGCCGCUCCCUGGGUGGCUGCGUUUCGGUGCGCCUACUGGCGCACUUGCUCGGGGCGCCCGCAGAGCUACGCCAGCCGCGAG